AAUUUGACAGCAUAAAAUCAUUUAGAAUUUUUCACUUUAAAUUUGAUGCAAGGUUGUGAAAAACUGAGAAAUUUCUCAUUAAUUAUGUUGAUUAAGUUUAAAUCUAAUACGGUGAUAAGUAUAGAUAAUAUUUAAAAAUAUUUUGUAGACAUAAUACAGGUGGAAUCAAGACAGAACAGUAAACAUGGCUAGUUCAAUUAUCUUAGCAGGUCUCGGUAUGGCUGCCGUAGGAUUUGCAGGUCGCUACAUAUUAAGGCAAAUGCCAAAUGCGUCGACAAAAUUUGCAGAGGCAAUGAAAAAUUUACCUAAGUUUGACUCUGAAAGUUUAGCUAAUUCCAAAUAUUAUAAAGGAGGAUUUGAGCCUAAAAUGACGAAAAGAGAAGCAGCUUUAAUAUUAGGUGUUAGUCCAACAGCUAAUAAAGCCAAGAUACGAGAAGCACAUAGAAGAAUAAUGUUACUAAAUCAUCCAGACAAAGGUGGAUCACCACUCAUCGCUGCUAAAAUUAAUGAAGCCAAAGAUGUGCUUGAAAGUGGAAAGUCAUGAGUUUAACCCUAAUUUAGAUAGCGGAAAAAUAGACAAUUUAGUUGAACAAAUUACCAUAAUUGUUAUGUUAUGUGCCCCUACUAUGCAGAAGUAUAAGUCAGCUAUGUAUAAGAUUUAUUGAGGAUAAAAAUAAAAAAAACAAUUUCAACAU